AUGUUUGGCAUGAAGGGUGUUUACGCGUUGAGCCUUUUGGCCAGCGCCGUGGUUGGUCAAGAUGCUAUUUCAGCGACUGGGACAAACUUCACCUUGACUGCUAAUGGCAUGUCAUACCUCUUCCAUGUAGAUACCGAGUCGGGAGACCUCAUCUCGGAUCAUUUUGGAGGACCGACCGACGACUUUACACCACCGGCCUUCAUCCUCCCCUACGGAUGGCAUGCUGGGAUAUCCAACGAUCGUCGCGAGUUUCCUGACAGUGGUCGUGGCGACUUCCAAUUACCAGCCAUUCACAUCGAACAUGCUGAUGGGGACACGGUAUCCGCGUUCCGUUACCAAUCUCACGAGAUCACCCAGGGAAAGCCUCCGCUACCAGGACUACCCGCCACCUACGGUGAAGCUGGCGAUGUAACGACGAUCACCGUACAUAUGUACGACAACGUUUCUGAUGUUUCGGCGGCUUUGUCGUACUCGAUCUUCCCCAAGUACAAUGCUAUUGCGAGAAGUUUUAGCAUUGCAAACAACGGUACUGCCGAUAUCGUCAUCGAGAGAGCCUCGAGCUUCAGCACCGACUUUCCUAAUCUGGAUCUGGAGAUGAUUGAGCCGCAUGGUGAUUGGUCACAUGAAUUCCAGACUGUGAAGAGAAAGAUUGACUAUGGCGAGACUUCAUUCCGAAGCACGGCAGGGUAUGCGUCGCAUCUUCACAACCCGUUCUUCGCCUUGGUCUCGCCAACUACCACUGAAUCUACCGGAGAGGCGUGGGGAUUCAGUUUGGUUUGGAGCGGCAGCUUCGAGGCUACAGCCCAGCGUUUCUCUAAUGGCUACGUACGUGUGCUUAUGGGCCUCAACCCGCUUCACGCCAGUAUUCGUGUGGCUCCAGGGGAGAUGUUCCAGUCUCCUGAAGCUGUUGGUGUAUAUUCCUCCCAAGGCGUUGGUGGCGUAUCGCACUCGUUUCACGACCUAUAUCGCAACCAUCUCUCCCGUUCCAAGUUCACGGAUCAAACCAGGCCAAUUCUACUCAACUCUUGGGAAGGGUUGAGCUUUGAUAUCAACGAAACUUCUCUGGUUAGCCUGGCCGGCGAGGCUGAAGAGCUAGGAAUUGAGCUCUUCGUGAUGGACGAUGGGUGGUUCGGCGUAGAGUAUCCACGCAACAACGACUCUCUCGGUCUGGGCGACUGGACGCCAAAUCCGGCUAAAUUCCCUGAUGGUCUUGGCCCAUACGUGGAGCAGGUCAACAACUUUACAGUGUUGAACGCAUCAUCAACACCUCUACAGUUCGGUAUUUGGGUAGAACCAGAAAUGGUCAAUCCCAACUCGACACUUUACCACGAGCAUCCCGAUUGGGUCUUGCACGCGGGAAAGCACCAGAGAUCGCUGACCCGAAACCAACUAGUACUGAACGUGGGAUUGCCCGAAGUACAAGAGUUCAUCAUCAGCUCCGUCUCUCGAAUUCUCGAUUCUGCGAACAUCCAAUACGUGAAAUGGGACAACAACCGCGGCAUGCAUGAGCUUGCCCGUCCAUCUGACGACUACACUUAUAUCCUCGGUCUAUACCGCGUGAUUGACAAUCUCACAACAAGCUACCCCAACAUACUUUGGGAAGGCUGCGCAUCCGGUGGAGGCCGCUUCGACCCAGGUCUGCUCCACUACUGGCCUCAGCACUGGACUUCUGAUAACACGGAUGCAUCGAACCGCCUCACCAUUCAAAUGGGUACAUCACUUGUCUACCCACCUUCGGCGAUGGGGUGCCACGUCUCCGCUAUUCCGAACGGUCUCACCCACCGCAAUAUCAGCAUCGAGUACCGUGGCCAUGUAGCGAUGAUGUGCGGCUCUUUCGGUCUCGAACUAAACCCCGGGGAGCUCUCACCCGAGGAAGCUUCCGCCGUACCGUCCAUCAUGGCGCAAGCUAAAGCUGUAAAUCCAGUAGUUAUUUCUGGUGACUUUUAUCGCCUCGCCCACCCGGAUGUCAGUAAUUGGCCAGGUGUGCAAUUCGUCAGUGCAGACGCAAGCCAGAGUGUAGUGUUUGCGUUCCAGCAAUUAUAUAUGAUCAAACCGGCUGCGCCUCCACUGAGACUGCAAGGCUUGGAUCCUAAGGCGAGAUAUUACAAUGACUUGGACAAUGCUACAUACAGUGGGGCUACAUAUAUGAAUGGUGGAUUCAACAUUCAGUGGCCUAUGGGGGAUUAUCAAAGUAAGCUGAUUUGGUUGAACAAGGUCUGA